AUGAACAACGAGCAGCCUCGCCGUACCAGUUUCGGCAUGUUACUCCGACGCAGCAAAAGUGGCGAUCUAGGCAAAGGUGGUCGUAAGGCGCAGGCCCUUAGGGAGGCUGAGCUUGAACGACAGCGCCAGGCCUCGACGCGCAUUGCUCCUAAGCUGCCCGAAUUCGCCAACCAUUCUGAACAACUAUCUAAAUCCUUUGGCCCCGAGUUGCGCCCCGAGUCACCAGCCAACGUUCCUCGAUCAGCAGAUUACAUUACUGUCAGGCCUUCAGCAGAAUAUCCUCGGGGAUAUGGCGCUGCUGCACAUGCUGCCGUCCCUGUUCCGCCGUUGCCCAACGGUGGUUUCGAUCCAUAUGCCAGAACAGAAAGCAUGACGAACCGUGGCCGCUACAGCUAUGCUAGUAGUGCUAUUAGCACGGUCAACAGUCCUCGUCGUGUUCGCAGACGAAAGGACCCGACGCCUUUGAACAUUCUCGUCAUUGGUACUCGUAACUCUGGAAAAACAUCCUUUCUUGAGUUUCUCAAAACCGCGCUCGCUCUUCCACCUAAGAAACGAGCCAAGAAGGGUGAUGACGAAGUGCCGCAGAAUCGCAACACCCCCUCUGGAAACUUUAUUCCACACUACCUUGAAACUGAGAUUGACGGGGAGCGUGUUGGUCUCACCAUCUGGGACUCAGAAGGCCUAGAGAAGAAUGUAGUCGACCUUCAACUUAGGGAAAUGUCCGCAUUCCUUGAAAGCAAGUUUGAGGAAACCUUUGCAGAGGAAAUGAAGGUUGUACGCUCUCCUGGUGUGCAAGACACCCACAUCCAUGCGACCUUCCUUGUCCUUGAUCCUUCUCGAUUGGAUCGCAACAUUGCAUCCGCAAGGAACCCAGCUAUCAAUGGUCAGCAAAACGGACACCUUGGUGCGCGUGUGCUAGGGAGCCUGGAUGAAGACCUUGAUUUGCAAGUUCUGCGUACGCUCCAGGGCAAGACUACUGUGAUCCCAGUCAUUGCCAAGGCCGACACCAUUACCACCAAGCAUAUGAAUGUUCUCAAACGAAGCGUUUGGGACAGCAUCAAGAAAUCGGGCCUAGAUCCCCUGGAAGCACUUGGCCUUGAUGAUGAGGACGAGAGUAGUAUUACUUCUGAAAGGAUUGCCGAGGAGGACGAGGAGGAAGAUGAGGUCGGACACGAACGCGGUGGUGCUCAAACCCCUGAAAGCCAGGAAUUCCCACUACAGGGCCAUCGAGAAAGCCCAGCGGCGUCUCCAAGCUCCAAAAGACUAUCCACCAGCUCCAUUCGGCGACAUAAAGCACAAGAAGAGGCCAAAGAAAAGGAAGAUGAGAUCCCUUUCCUGCCACUUUCCAUCAUCAGUCCGGAUCUGUACGAACCAGGUGUCAUUGGCCGACAGUUCCCGUGGGGUUUUGCUGAUCCUUACAAUGAAGAACAUUGUGACUUUCAACGGCUGAAAGAGGCUGUUUUUAGCGAAUGGCGUGCCGAGCUACGUGAAGCUAGUCGGGAACAGUGGUACGAGGGAUGGAGAACGAACCGACUCAAGCAGAGGGAUGUCCCCUAUCGUCAUCGAUGA